AAAUCCAUCAACUUAUUAGCAACUCUAACAUAUUUCUAAUUUCUUUCUCUCAACCUUUGAAUAUUCUUUUUCUCUUCCUUUUUCUAUAGUUAGAGAAAGAGAAAGAAAUUAAGUCUUGAUCUGUUACUUACUUCGAUACACUAAACUCAGAUCUCGAAGUCUCAGCUAAACAAGAUGAUGAAAGUAGUGCUGAAGUUGGAGUAUCUGGAUGAGAAAGUCAAGCAAAAGGUCAUGAAAAAAGUUUCUGUUGCGGAAGGGGUUGACUCAAUUUCGAUAGAUUCGAAGGAUAAGAAAUUGACAGUAACAGGAAACGUAGAUCCAGUUGAAUUAGUUUCAAAAGUGCAGAAGCUGUGUCACACUGAGAUACUCUCUGUUGGACCUGCAAAAGAGCCUGAGAAGAAGAAAGACGAGCCGAAGAAAGAGGAAGCAAAGAAGGAUGACAACAAGAAAGAGGCAGUAGUAAUAAAGGCAUAUCCAGCUCCACUGUACUAUCAGCAACCUUAUCAGCAUUACCCUACACCUGUUCCUACUUGUUAUCGUAACUAUCAUAGCAUGGAAGAGGAUCCAACUUCUUGCGUUAUCUGCUAACUUAGUGGAUUCAGUUCACACCUAUGAUUUCUUUAAGGAAAUUUAUCAAAGUUGGUGUGUGCUUAAUUGUCACUGUCGCGCUAGAUCUAUUCCCUUACCUAUAUAAAAAAAAAAAAUCCUAUGUACCUUUCGAGCUUGCUGACGAGUGGUGUCGCAUUAGAUUUGUUAACUAGUGCUUUUGCUUUGCCACUCUGCAAAGAACCAGUCAACGCUUUUCUAAUGCCAUAACUUUUAGUGGGCAUUUUGGAUAAUAUAUGGCUGAAGUUAGAGAAAAAAGUAUUUGAAGUUGAAUGGAAUAUUUGAGAGUUCAA